CGUUCUGCACACAUUGCUGUAAUUGUCAGAAGUACUUCUCCCACGCCAGAAAUUAAGAGAAAUUAGGAAGAUGGUUUCUGGGCAACUCUCACACGAGAUGAAGAUAGAGGUGCCUGCUACUGAAGCCUGGGAGCUCUAUGGCACGCUUCGUUUGGCAAAUCUCGUUGAAGAAGUUUCAACUCUCAUUGAGAAAAUUGAGGUCUUGGAAGGUGAUGGAGGGCUUGGGACUGUUCUCAAGCUAACAUUUGUACCAGGCACACCUGGUCUUAGCAGUUCCUCGGAGAAGUUCACAAAGAUUGACAAUGAGAAACGGGUGAAAGAAACAGAGGCAGUUGAAGGAGGAUAUCUGGAGAUGGGGUUUACUCUUUAUCGUAUUCGCUUCGAAGUCAUCGAAGAGGGCGAUGAUUCAUGCAUUAUAAGGUCAACUAUAGAGUAUGACGUGAAGGAAGAGGCAGCUGCUAAUGCAUCCUAUGUCACUAUCGAGCCACUGGAAGGCAUUGCACAAAUUGCCAAAAGCUAUCUCACCAAGAACAAAGCUGCUAAAUAAAGAUGCACUUUAGUGUUUUAUAUAUUUGGAGUUUGUAAUCUUUGAUUGAAAAAUACCCUUUCCUGAAAUAAAAUACCCUUUCUUGCAAA